GUGUCGUCUUUUCAUCUAUUACCUGGUGAUUCUGGUGGAGAACGCCGCUCUCAGUGCACUGUGGUAUCUGUACCGAACACCUCAAACUACAGACGCCUUUGCAGUUCCAGCUCUCUGCGUCAUUUUCAGCUGUUUCCUCACGGGUCUGGUGUUCCUGCUGAUGUAUUACGCCUUUUUCCAUCCCAACGGGCCUCGCUUUGGACGCUCAUCCAGCGGCCACGGACUAGAUCUGGACCCCUCUGCUCAGUUCUCCACACUACCUUCUGAGGGAGCGACCAACUCACUGCGUUCCAACCGAGGCGCCACCACCACCUCCACCACCACCACCACCACCCUGGAGCGUGACGCGGGGAAGUACUCGGAGCGAGACGGCUGCAUGCCGGUGUUUCAGGUGCGGCACACGGUGCCAUCCACGUUAUUGCUGCGUGCUCCACGGAUAGAGGAGACAGUCAUCAAAAUCGACCUUUGUAGGAACCGCUACCCUGCGUGGGAGCGCCACGUCCUGGACCGCAGCAUACGCAAAGCUAUCCUGGCCGUUGACUGCUCUGUGACUCCUCCUCGUCUGCAGUACAAAGAUGAUGCUGUGGUGCAGGAACGCUUGGAGUAUGAGACCACCUUAUAGUCCCACCUCACUGUCAGAGCAAGACCUGCAGCAGAAACACCAACAGGGAUCGUUGAGUGGCUAGUAGAAAAUCAAUUAUUUUUAUCUCCCAUUCAUUUUUUCCCCUCCCUAUUAACCGGAACCUGCGGGAAGGAGUUGGAGGAAAGUCUGGCCCAGUUUGAACUGAUGUGGUUGGAUUAUUCUGUUCUUUUUACUUCCACUCAUCAGGGAAAUUCUGACAUGAACAACAUGCUUUGAUACUUUGUGUGAAACGAACAAAAAUCUGAUCCAAGUGUGUGAAACGGUACUUCAAAUAUUCAAACAACAGUGUAGAAGCAGCUGUCCAUCAGUCAGCAGGAUAAAACUCCUGUUUUCUCUGUGCCAACAAGCUUUCUGAGCUCUACUGGGAACCGUUUUAAAUUGGUUAAAUAGUCAAGAAAGUACUUCUAUAACCCAGAAAUGUUACUGUUCUUACCUCACUUUGGUCUGCUCUGAAACAUCCAACAAGACAAAACUACAGUUAGUGGUCCAAGCAGCAGCUCUACCUGUUCUCAUUUAUCUGAAAAAAAAAAAGAAGCAAACCUGGCUGGAUGGAACAGAAGAGUGAAGACUGAACCGGAAUCACCUUGCACUCUCUUUCUCCCACAAUGAAGCAAGCUGAAAUCACACAAUGCAAAGAAUAAAAAAAGACAAAAUCCACACGGCAGCUCAGCUCAGCUGUUCAUCUCGUCAUUCUGACUGUGCAAAACCAUGGAUCCUAUCCUAAUCUGUGAACAAACCCAACCAACAGCAACGGAUAGCAGAGUGAGAUUCAAACAGAGAGAAGCUGCCAGGAUGUACAGUUCUCUCCUCCAACAUUAAGAGUUUUUAGAUAAACAGAAGAUUUUCUGUAGAGAAGAUUCUUGUCAACGGUAAUUUUGUGCUUUUUGUGUUUAGAUGUGUUGAAAACCUG